AUGGGGGAAUUAUGUUUCAGCUUUUCAAAUGGCGGAGCCAACAAAUUUGUGUUAUGUGAUAAAUAAAACUCGUACCCAGCAAUAGAUUGAUCGAUGGAAGGCAAGCAACCAAGCGGACGAAGAAUGAAAUAAUCACAUGAUGCCCGUGCAUUCAUCACAUGAGAAAAAGAGAGACCUACUGUUUAAUCCUGUGGCCCGCCGGCUCCAUGUUUUUAACAAAGCCUCCAUCGUAAACAGCUACAAUGACAUAUAGCAGCACCGUCGGAUGAAUCAAUGAUCAGGGAGCACCGCUGUCGUACCGCGGACAUUUCGGAAAUAAUGAGAAAACUUUUGACGGUUCUAGAACAGUAUCUCUGCACUCAGGAUGGCAAUGACUUCCUUUAUACACGGUUCUUGUGUUUAUGUCACAAGGCACCUUCUAGGAUAAAAAUAAUUCCUUGUUAGUCCAAUUUAAUUUUAUGGCCUCCAAGUUCCACUCAAGUGAAAGCUACUUUUUUGGUGUUGCCCAUGCACAAAAGUUUAUUACACUACUUUUUUGUUACUUAAAAGUCGUCAGGAUAAUUUGGUCCAAAAGCUCUAUUGAGGAAAAUUCUGUCAGUCAUCUUGCUCGUUGUUUCCAUCCAAAUACAUCACUUCGAGUAGAUUCACAUGGAUUUUACUGCUUAAACAUUAAGAAAAGUACCAAUCCUAUUUCAGAAGCAAUUAAAAAAGCAUCAAAGGUUAUCCUAAUUUUCAGUAAGCUGUAAAAACAUCUUCUGAACUCAUUGAAUCACUAGACUCUUGUUCCAAGAAAAGUGGGGAAGAAGGAGAGAAGAAAGUAGGAAACGAGAAGUUGAAAGAAAGGCAAGGCAAUUACAACCUCUCAACGAUUCAGCUGAGAUCAUGUAGCAGUGGUCCAUAUCUACCUGGUUGUGGUAGACAUCAGGUAGUAAACUUUCUCUCCAUUCUCUUUCUCACCACUGGCAACUGACAGAACAUGUGAAUCCCAUGGGUAGGGACGUGAACCAAUGGCUACGGACUCGACCAUGCUCCUGAGUAUGAAGAGCUGCCUUGUAUCACGUAAGGAUGCUCUACCGUACCGAACAUUUGCACGCUUUGCCUCUUGCAAACCUACAACCACUUCCUCUUGCACGUAGGGGAUAACAAACUUAUGCAGAAGAAAAAGAGAGAUGGAUAUUCUUUCCGAUGUACCUGAUAAGAUCGCCACAUUGAAAGGAAGAGUUCCAUGAAAUAAGGGAUAGCGAGAAUGGUAAUAACAUCAGCAUACAAGGUUUGAAGUUUUAUGCAACUAGCUCAUUUAACUCUCAAACGCAAAUCAGUACAAAAUCCUCAGAAUCCUAAAGAUUCUUUCUCUUAUGAUUUUGAUUAAACUGUGUAAAGGAAGAAUACAAAAGCUAGACAUGAACUAAUGACAGGUCAAGGAAAACCAUACACAGCGAAACAAUCAAUUUGAGUUAUCCUGGAUUGUGGAUAAUAGUCAUGGAAGAAGAGGGCGUCUAACUAGAGCGCUUGGCACUAGAAACAGCGAAAUUUCAGAAAAUCUCUUCGGUGUCCACAUUUUCUGUGUGAUAAUUGAUGUUCAUAUUUGGGAAUCGAAAAUUCUAACCGUCAUACAGCCCAAGAAAAUAAAUUACGAUUCACAAACGGGACAUAUAGCACAUGGUAUGUCGUCCCUUUCAAUGUGGACACAAAAGAGAUAAAUUCACAGCACAAACAGAGAGACGUUUUCCAAACAUAAUUUGACAAUGACGACACCUUAAGAAUGACUCGAGCACAGAAACCGUCAGGUAUGUGAUAUGAAUAACCACGUGGAAAGUAGAAAAGAAAUAGAGAGGCUAUAGUUUCCAAGGAAACCACAGAAGACAGAUGAAUCAGACAUGUGGCAUGGAGUUAAAUGUCCAUGGACUCAACAAUGCACACGAGAGCGGCUUUAUCAAUGCGCUGACACAAAGGCUGCUGUUUUUUCCAUCUCCACAACUGUUACACUAUCCGCCAAUUCCACAGGGUACCUAUCGAUGCAGUCAUGCCACGGGUUGUUUGGAGAAGGCUUAACAGUUUGGAGAGCCUGCCAGACGGCACUGUUGCACUUAAACCCACUCCCAAAUGCAAUCUGCCAGAUGCGGUCUCCCCUCCGCAUCCGCCCCUUAGCCUCCACGUACGCCAGCUCGUACCAGAUGGAACUAGAUGACGUGUUCCCAAAACGGUGCAGGGUCAUCCUGGAGGCCUCCACAUGGAUCGGAAGGAGCUGAAGGUUCUUUUCUAGCUCAUCGAUCACUGCCCUACCUCCCGCGUGGAUACAGAAGUGGUCAAAUGCGAGCUUGAAGUCUGGAAUAUAGGGCUUUACUUUGGCGUUGAAUAACUUCCUUAUCACAAGUGUUGCAAAGAAAAGUAGUUGUUCGCUAAUGGGCAGGACAAGAGGCCCAAGGGUCGUAAUAUUCGUUUUAAGGGCCUCACCAGCAAUAGCCAUAAGAUCCUUAGACAAGGAGACACCAACCCUGCCCGUGUCAUCCUGUUCUUGGUAAACGCAUCUGAAUGACCUGUCAUCAGCUCCUCGGUGGGUUCGGACAACAUGCAAAAGUUUGUACUUGGCCCUUUGGCGGUCAGCUGCAAUGUUGGACAGGAGAAGAGCUGCUCCACCUACACGGAAGAGGCAGUUUGGUAUGAGCAUGGACUUGCGAUUGCCAAAAUACCAGUUCUGGGUGAUGUUCUCAGUGCUGACAACAACGGCAUAGGUGUUGCUAUGGACUUGAAGGAGGUCCUUUGCGAGGUUAACAGCAAUAACACCAGCACUGCAGCCCAUACCACCCAGGUUGAAGCUGAGGAUGUUGCCCCUAAGCUUGUACCGAUUCACAAUCAUGGAAGAAAGGGACGGCGUGGGGUUGAACAAGCUACAGUUGACCACCAGGAUGCCAAUGUCUUUCGGCCGAACAGAAGUAUUGCAGAAGAGGAUAUCGAGUGUACCAAACAUGACUUGCUCAGCCUCUUCACGUGCAGUAGCCAUGGAAGGCUGGGGCGGCAGGCAGUGCAUGGCCUCAGGGAAGUAUGUUUCCUCACCAAGCCCAGAGCGCUCAAGGAUCUUGCGCUGGAACUCAAGGGACGAUUCAUCAAAGGCACCACUCAACCUAGAGUGCUUCAUGAACUUGCUGAAGGGGGCACGGAGCGCAUCUGGCGCACGGUAG